ACGUUAAAAACCAGAUCUUUUCAUCAGUCGAUCGCUCACACACAAAAAGUCAAAACAGAGAAAACUCCUUCCCUAUAAUCCGCUCUGACCCCUUCCUCACCCUCACCCUUUCCCACCGCCGCCUCCUCCACCAUUUUCCCCCAUCUGGGUAUCUCCCCAAUCAACCAAAUCACACACAAUGGGCAAGGGCGGGUCUUUGAGCGACGGCGUCAUCAAGAAGAUCCUUCUCUCUUACACCUAUGUUGCAAUCUGGAUCUUCCUCAGCUUCACCGUCAUCGUCUACAACAAAUACAUCCUCGACAAGAAGAUGUACAAUUGGCCUUUCCCCAUCUCUCUAACCAUGAUUCACAUGUCUUUCUGUGCCACCCUUGCUUUCCUCCUCAUCAAAGUCUUCAAAGUCGUCGAGCCCGUUUCCAUGUCUCGAGAGCUUUAUCUCUCCUCCGUUGUCCCCAUCGGUGCUCUUUACUCUCUCAGCCUCUGGCUCUCUAACUCCGCUUACAUUUACUUGUCUGUUUCCUUUAUUCAGAUGCUCAAAGCCCUGAUGCCUGUUGCCGUUUAUUCCAUUGGGGUUCUUUUUAAAAAAGAGGGCUUUAAGACUGACACUAUGGCCAACAUGUUGUCGAUCUCUUUAGGGGUCGCUAUUGCUGCUUAUGGUGAAGCUAAAUUUGAUACCUGGGGAGUGAUGUUGCAGCUGGGAGCCGUUGCUUUUGAGGCUACCAGGUUGGUUAUGAUCCAGAUCUUGCUUACUUCUAAAGGGAUCACCUUGAAUCCGAUUACUUCUCUGUAUUAUGUUGCGCCAUGCUGUUUCGUUUUCUUGUUGGUGCCAUGGAUUUUUGUUGAGCUCCCAGUUUUGAAAGAGACAUCCAGUUUCCACUUCGAUUUCGUCAUUUUUGGGACCAAUUCUUUAUGUGCUUUUGCUCUUAAUCUAGCUGUGUUCUUGCUUGUUGGAAAGACUUCUGCUUUGACCAUGAAUGUAGCUGGGGUUGUCAAGGACUGGUUGUUGAUUGCAUUCUCAUGGUCUGUUAUUAAGGAUACCGUAACACCCAUCAACUUGUUUGGGUAUGGUCUGGCAUUCUUGGGUGUUGCCUAUUAUAAUCAUUCCAAGUUACAGGCUUUAAAGGCGAAAGAAGCACAAAAGAAGGCUGCACAAGCUGAUGAGGAAGGUGGGAGGUUGCUGGUGGAAAGGGAAAGUGAGGGAACUGACAAAAAGAGCGAAUCUCAGAAUUAGAUCUUGUCGGCGGUUAAUUUUAGGAUAUGAGAUAUGGAAGGAGGUAGCAGAUAAGGGCUAAAGGGAGAGUGGUUGGGAUGAUGAUCGUGAAGGUUUGCAUUUAAGGGCAAAAGGAAAUGAGGGGAUCGGAUUUCUUUUGCCCCAUUUGGCUGCAUUUGGGUUUUGGUAUGUUGUGUUUUUAGGCCUCCGUUCCAUAGACUAGUUAUUAUGUUCAUUUCUUAGUAAUACCAGGGGAUUGUGAUUCACAUAUGUUGCUUAUUUCACAGGUUAAUGUAUGUUAGUAGAGGAAGAACAAUCUAAAAUGCCCUGUACUCUGUUGUUUUUUAUUUAAUUUUUAUGUCUUCUUCCUUUUGGGAUGUUGACAAA